AUGGACUCCGCACCUAAACCUCAAGGCGGAAAGCUACACCUCCUUUUCGUCCGCCACGGCGAGACACAGGACAACAUCGACCGAAUCCUUCAAGGCCUGCGAGACACCAGCUUGACGGAGAAGGGCCACAGAGAAGCCCAAGUCCUCGCUGACAAGUUACGCGGACAAAAGAUCGACGCUGUGUAUCACUCGCCCCUGUUGCGAAUGGUGCAGACGAUUAAGCCCAUCCUCGCAGACCGUCCCGGUGUCCAAGUCUAUGCGGACCAGGAUCUGACGGGACAGGCUCUCGGGGAGCUCGAGGGCCGCUCGUACGACACGAUCGACAUGGGCAACCCGCGGAGCGCCGAUGGUGGCCCUGGCGUGGAGCUCUUUGACGAUUUCGUGAGACGGCUCAAGCGAGCCUUUGCCCGCAUCGUUGGCGUCGAGGCCAAGUUGGUCAAAGAACAAGAUCGAAUCCUGCUGGUGGCGACGCACGGAGUGGGCAUCACGUCCAUUUUCAAGACUCUGGAAUCCAGCCCUUCGUGCGAUGGAUUCAACCCCAAACUGGCCACUCGAGGUCCCGACGCGUUCGAGGUCAGAUGGACCGACAGUGAUGAUGUGGCGAGACUCGUCGUCUCACAGCCCGCGCAGCUACCCAUCAAGGACGGGGUGUUGGACUGGGAUUCGAUCUCUGGCCAACCAUUUCUAAUAGAGGUCUGGGGCAAGAAAGAAAAGGCAUUAUGA